GCCGUCCAUUCCCUUUUUAACUUAGGAAGCAGAUGCAGGCUAACCAAAUAUUGACCCUAUAAAACUUGUUAACCGGUAGCAUAAGCUGUACAAGUUCCACCAGAGAGAAACCAAAAAGAGGUUUAUAAAAGAUCUAUGGACACUUUUGGUUAUACGGUUAAGAGAGAGCCACAGGAUGUGAAGUUUGAACAUGAAUUGCAAGAACCAAAUAAUAAUGAAUUUGGCAAACCAGAAUCAAAUAAUAAUUUCAAAUUUGAAAAAGGGAAAAGAUCCAAGCGCAAGCGCAAAUUCUAUGGCAGUACACCAGAAUCAAAUAAUAAUUUGAAGAAAAAUGGACAAGAUUUCAAGCACAAGCAACAAUAUAGUGCUGUUCAGUUAAAUAAAAUUCGAAAUUCUAUAGAAAGGAACAUCGAGAAACAACUUCCCGGUACUGGUUUUAAGAACUUUGCAGCAGCAUCUAUCCUUAUAAAUCCUUCUCAUACUGAUCUACCAAAUCUAAUUCAAAGCCGGUGGAAAGACUUUACUCCAGAAGAGUAUGUUGAGCGUGAAAUUUGGAUUCGGUUUAAUAAAUUUCCAAUGUCAAGACCUCUCUUAUUAUUUGAAGAAUUGGAUGAUGAUGUUAAGGUUUUUAUUCCUAUGCAAUUAGAGGCAAGAAAAAUUUAUUACAAUAAUAUUAGAAAGGUGGUGGAAAGGUGGUUUAAACAAGGACCCAAGGAAGAUGUGCUUUGUGCAUUCGCAAUAUAUUUUCGCAAGUCUCAAGAGGAUGUCACAUAUAAUUUCCCUGAUAUGACAAGACAAGAGGUAUAUGAUACAUGCCUUUUGCGCUAUAGUGCAAUGCCAAGGCAAAAGCAAAAAGAAUAUGAGGAGAAACGGACAAUUGAGGAUGGUGGAAUAUGUUUGCAUCGUUCUGAUAUGUUCGGGAAAAAAUGGUCAAAGUUAUUGCAACCUGGAGAUGUUAAAGUGAAGCACGCGUCAAAAGAGAAAAUUGAAGCUUACUUAAAACAGAUGCCAAGGACAACAAAAGUUGAGGUCGUAGAAAGAGAAGGAGGACAAUUUAUAAACGUUCUGGAUAUUAAACGUUGCAAUGAAAGUAAGCUUGUAAAGCUAAUCAACUGCAGGUGGAAGGAUUUGACAGAAGCAAAGAAUUUUCAGGAUGAAGUGACUCGAGCUUUUAGAGGCCGGGUGAUACCGGUGAAAGAUAUUAAUGUGGCUUGGAAAAAUUUGGGAAACAACCUGAGGGUGAAAAACUUCAAGCAAACAAUGUUUAAAGUAGCUAUUUUCACCGAGGCCGAAUAUGCAAUGCAGUGCCGGUUGAAAGAAGGCGUGCUUUACUCUUUCUCUUCAUAUUAUUGCGAGUUUGAGGACGUUGUCAAAACUGAAUUCCCUGAUAUGACAAAAAAGGAGGUAUAUGAUACUUGUCUUUUACGCUACGUUAUGGCACCAAGGGAGAUUCGACAUAUAUAUAAAAUACUGAGCACAAGAGAUGAGUGCAGAAAAUUGUGCGAUUCUCGUUUUGGGGAAACUCUACGAAUAUAAGUUGUUGUAUUUCGUGCAUUAGACUGUUGCUUGUAAAGUUAGAAUAGUUGAAUUUGCAUUUGUAGUUGUUGUCGUAGUAUAGCGGUCUUCUCUUCUCUUACUACCGCUACAACGAUUGAUGUUUUGAUUCAUUUGUUGCUCCCGUUUUUAGUCUGAAGAGGGAAUGUUAGUUUAUGUCUUCAUUGUUGCAACAAGGUAGCUUGGAUAUCAAUUUGUUAUGAAAAAUA